AUGCUCAACGUGGCGCUUCCAGUGUUUGAAGUCAUUUCCGUGGUCCUGGCAAUUUUUCCAAUCCCGUCACAUUGGAGGGCAAAAAACAUAUCUAUGCUGAUGCUGGUGUUCUGGCUUAUUCUCGGAAACUUGAAUAAUUUCAUCAAUCGCGUUAUAUGGAUCAAGGACGCUGACAACAAAGCACCAGGAUGGUGCGACAUAUCUGUCAAGAUAAUGAGCAUGGUAACCAUGGGCAUCCCUUGCGCCGCAUUGUGCAUCUCGAUCAAACUGUGCAGAAUUGCGUCAAUGCGAUUCAAACCAAGGACUAUGAUCGAAAGACGUAAUGGCGCCCUAAUUGACCUUGCAUGGAUGAUAUUUACUCCUAUUGCAUACGCACUAUUAACUUUAAUUAACCAAGGCCAUCGCUUCAAUAUUGUCGAAGGGCAGGGCUGUCAACCCGCCAUUUAUUUCACACCAGUCGCGGCUAUUGUCGAUUAUGGAUUGCCUUUAGGAAUAAGCUUUAUAUCCAUUCUGUGCUCCUUAAUGGCGCUGGGCUAUUUCAUUGUUCAAAAGAGGAACUUCGAGCAUGUCGUAUCUCAAAGCAGAUGCGGUCUCAAUACGAAAAGAUUCAUUCGCAUGAUUUCGUUCACAAUUAUUGACUUGAUGCUGACCUUCCCCACCCUGCUCGCUAACUUGGGGCUGGAACUUGCUUAUACCCCUAUGUUUACCUACAAAUCAUGGAAUAUUGUACAUCAGAGGUUCGACGACGUAUGGAAAUAUACGGCAGACCUCUUUGAAACACCACAAGGAAAAAGGUAUCUUAUUUUGUCACUAUUCUCGGCAUGGGCACUUUGUGCCUCGGGAUUCAUGUUCUACUUAGUGUUCGGUUUCAGUUCCGAUGCGUUUACAGACAAUUCGCAACCAUGUGUGACAUUCAAAUCACUCUUUGUGAAAGACAUUGACCCUAUGGAGGUGCCAUCAAAUAUCAACGUUGGAACUGAAUAUGAAAAACAGGAAAUGACCUUUUCGGGGUUUCUUAACAUUGAAGCUUCCAAUGACUCCAUCAAAUGUGCACAAUCCGAUAUCGAGUCUGACAUGUCAGAUUUGUCUGAAAAUUCAGAACAUAUGAAUUACCCUAAAGAAUGA